CCCAUAGAGAAAGAGAAAGUGUGAAGCAACAACCCUAGUCCCUUUCUUUCUGAAGAAAAGGAAGAGAUUCGGCAAUUCAGCAACAUCCAUGGCGAUGGCGACGAAGGCAGAUUGGUCUAAACUGCCAAAGGAUCUUCUGAAUCUUAUAUCAAAACAAAUUGACAACGAAAUCGAUCUCAUUCGCUUCCGAUCAAUUUGUACCAAUUGGCGUUCUUCUUCCAUCCCGAAUCACCACCGUGACAUGUUAACCAUCAAUUUCCCACUCAUCAAAUUCCCACUCAACAUUGGUUCCAUCGUCAUCAUCACUAAAUUCCGUAGGCUAAACACAGUUUCUUUCUCAUUAAACAAACCCUAAGUCUUCGUCCUUGGAUCCUUAAAAUUACACAAAACUCCACUGGCCAAACCCAAUUCAACUAUCCACCACGAACUUUUCCUUUUGUUGUCGACUUCAGCAAAAGCUCCCUCCUUCAUUUAGCAACCAACUUCAUCAUUCCCGACAUCAUCACACCCGAAGACAGAGAAACAAUAAGACCACCGUCCUCACCCGAUGGCCAUGUCGUCAGCCACUUCAAUCCUAAAAUAGUGGUCGCUGUCAUGUCCCAUGGAAAAAAACCCUAUCAUUGUCGGCUCGUUGAACUGUACUGGAGAAGAACCAGUAGUGUUGAAAUGUGGCGAUGAGAAUUGGAAACUUAUUCCUGGAAUGUCGGCCUAUUUAGGAGACAUCCGUGUUUUCAAAGGCCAGCCUUAUGUGGUUGAUAAAUUCUUAGUGGAGAGCGACGGUGAUUUGUUGUUAGCAGAUGUUUAUGACCAUGAGAUUGAUGAAGAUGCUGAUGAUUAUGAUCGUGCAAGGAUUAACGUGUUUAAGCUUAAUGAAAAGGAGAAGAAGUGGGUGAAGUUGGCAAAUUUAGGGGAUAGAGUUUUCUUCUUGGGGUUGCUAUGUUCGUUUUCUGCUUCUGCUUCGGAUUUGUGUGUUCCCAAAGGGAAUUUAGUCAUCAUUAUGGAUAAUAUCUUCACUCGUGUGCAGUAUAAGAGCUCUUUUUUGGACUUGGAUGAUGGUCAACUUUUACCUUUGUCCAAUUACCCUGAAUAUUCUGAAUUGUUUUGCCAUCUCAGAUGAAGAAGCUGAAUUAGUAACAGAGACAUCACCAUGGCAACUUAAUCAACAACUUAUCUUAACCGAGUUUACAAGGCCGAUCUUGGUUCUAUUAUUUUGUUGUUGACCGCCUGCAUUGUUUUGGUGCUGUAAAGUUGAAACUUAUGUCUCAAUUAAGGUUUAUCUUGGCUUGUGAUUUUAUAAGUUUUAAUAUUCUAUCAAAUAACUUAAAACUGUGUGAUUUGCUCAAUGGAUAUAGACUAAAGCUAUCUCCUUAUUCAGUGAUUUCCUGUUGGUACCGUACAUGUUCGAUAUAUUGACGAGUUAUAAUUUCUAUA